UUUUUGUUAUGGAUAAAAGGUGCAAGUGCACGUGAGGAUUCAGCUGGGGGCAUUUGUUAUAUGUGAUUUUGUUGAUUCUCUUAUGCCUUACAGCUAUAUGUGUUGAUCAUCGAUCAUUUCAUCAGUUAUAAGCUAAUUAAGCCUACGAGAUUCAAUUAAUCAUGUGUGACACUUUGUCAUCUUUAUCUAAUCCAGAUCGACCUUAUAAAGUUGGUGUUGAAAUUGAAUUAAUGGAGGAUGAUGAAAAGAAGCCAAGGAGGCUUGGGUCAUUGAAGAAGGUAGCAAUGAAUGCAUCUUCAAAGUUUAGACAUACAUUAACAAAGAAAGGAAGGAAGCAUAGUAGGGUUAUGUCUAUUAUUGAUGAUCAUCUUAAUUCAGAAGACUUGCAAGCCGUUAACACUCUGCGCCAAGCACUUGUUCAGGAUGAUCUUUUACCCCCAAAAUUUGAUGAUCACCAUUUGAUGCUAAGAUUCUUGAAAGCAAGAAAAUUCGACAUUGAGAAAACAAAGCAAAUGUGGGGAGAUAUGCUUGUGUGGAGAAAGGAGUUUGGUGCUGAUACAAUUAUGGAGGAUUUUGAAUUCAAGGAGAUAGAUGAAGUAAUGAAAUACUACCCACAAGGGCAUCAUGGAGUUGAUAAAGAAGGAAGACCAGUGUACAUUGAAAGAAUAGGUCAAGUUGACUCCAACAAGCUAAUGCAAGUCACAACAAUGGACCGUUAUCUUAAAUAUCAUGUUAAAGAGUAUGAGAGAACAUUUUCACUUAAAUUCCCUGCUUGCUCAAUCGCUGCAAGAAAACACACUGAUCAAAGCACUGCUAUCUUGGAUGUCGAAGGAGUGGGUCUUAAAAGUUUUAACAAAGCUGCAAGGGACCUUGUCCAACGACUUCAAAAGAUUGAUGGUGAUAACUAUCCUGAGACCUUGCAUCGCAUGUAUAUCAUUAAUGCCGGUUCUGGAUUUAGAUUGCUAUGGAAUACUGUUAAGUCAUUCCUUGAUCCCAAGACCACCGCAAAAAUCAAUGUCCUAGGUAACAAAUACCAAAGCAAAUUGCUUGAAGUCAUUGAUGCCAGUGAACUUCCAGAAUUCUUUGGUGGUACUUGCAAUUGUGAAGGUGGUUGCAUGCUUUCUGACAAGGGUCCAUGGAAAAGCCAAGAAAUCUUGAAGGUGGUUCAAAAAAAUGAGGAAAAAAGAAUCAACAAAACCUUAUCUGAAAUUAAGGAGAAAAUAAUCAUUGAAGAUGAGACAUUAUACCAAAAGGAAAGUGAUUCUCACAACAAAGAGUUAGUUAAGAAGGAAGUGCAAUAUGUGGUGCCAAAAGUGGAACAUCCUGAAGCAUCUCCAAUUGCUGAAGUUGCAAAACAAUGUAGUGCAUAUCAAUAUGAUGCUUUUCUCCCAAUGGUUGAUAAGUCUAUUAAUGGAUCUUGGAAGAAAACAGUAGAAAAUGAUCAAUUUUCACUUUCUAAAGAUUGUUACCCUGUCGAUACUACUUCUUAUGGUCGUUCAACUCAAGGUUUUGGUGGAUUCAUGGCCUUCAUAAUGGGAAUCAUUGCCAUGAUCCGCUUAACGAGGGCAAUGCCGAAGAGAAUCUGCCCCAUGGCCGAGCAUGAUGAUUGUAACCCGAUUUAUUAUGACGGCACUGUGAUGAAAGCACGUAACGUUUCCAUGGAGGAGCAGAUGGCGAUGAUGAGGCGCAUGCUUGAACUAGAAGAGAAGGUGCAAGAACUCAGCAAGAGACCAGAAAUGCCUCCAGAAAAAGAGUUGAUUCUUAAUAAUGCUCUAAAUAGAGUCAAUAUUCUUGAAGAAGAGUUAGACAUGGCCAAAAUGGCACUUGAAGCUGCACAUCUUCGACUAGUAGAACUCCAAGCCUACAUUGACAAAAAGAAGAAAAAGACACUGUUCCACUGGUGAGGAAACAAGCGUAUGUUUUACCUAACCUCAAGAUUAUUACUAGUUUGUGUUGAUAUGAUUGGUGGCGUUCCCAUCUUCAGCCCCAUUAGAUGUUAUUUAUUGAAUUCACUUUGGUAUAAAUUUGAUCAAUGUAUAAUGCACUGUGUCAUCCCUCCAAUGUGUGUGUAUUAU